CCUUUGAUUCUCUAAGAACCAAGGAAGCCUGGCAGCCGAGCAGCCCUUGCUCCCCACGUGCUGCUUCUCAAGCCCAGAAGAGGGAGGGAGAAAGAGAGGACCACUUUGAUUCCCUGCUGCCCUUCUUGCUCUCUCCAGGGUUUGUCGCAGGAGCGCCAAGAGGGACGGAGCCUGGCCUUGCAGAGAGGAUCGGAGGGAGAGCCAUUGGAAAAAGAGAAGAAGGAAGGGCAGCCAAUCCAGUCCCUCUCAGGCAUCUUCCCAAUUCUGCCAUCCCCAGGCCUUGCUUUCUGCCAUUGGAGAACAUUCGGGGCAGACUGGGUUCUUUGUUUGGUUUUUCCUUGGCCCAAAUCGACUCAAUCGGAAGUCUGGGGAGACCGGCUCUCCCCCCAUUGCUUGGUGGGGCUACCAAAACUAUUAACGUAAGCUUACUUGGGCCCUACCAGAGCCAUUCUGUCUGUCAGUUGGCAGCAGAAGGGAUCAAGCAAAUUUCCACAAGCUUUCCUGUUUUUGUUUUUAUUUUUCACUGCUGAUGAAAGCAGUGAACAAAUGCAAGGCAGUUGGGAGCAGAUGCUCACUGAGACCCACCCCUGAAUGGGCCUGAGCAAGAGGCAAAGGAGCCGAGCCACACUUACCUAUUGAACACAGCCAGUUAUUUCUCUGGGAGAGAGUCAGGCUGUAAGGCAAAGGGCCACUGCUCUCCUGGGAUUCUGACAAAGGUGGAGUCUUUGGGGUUUUCCCCCCUGGAAAAACAAAGGAUCUAUUUUCCCUGUGUGUGUGUUUUUCCUUCUUUAAGGAGCCCAGCCCCAGGAUUUUCUGGCAGUUUGGGUCUAGAUCCCUUCUUCCUGACCAGAAGAGUGGAGGGAGUGCUAUAGGACCGAGGGGCACAAUGACUCAUUUGCAGGCAGGUCUCUCUCCCGAGACGCUGGAGAAAGCCCGGCUGGAACUGAAUGAAAACCCGGACACCUUGCACCAGGACAUCCAGGAGGUCCGGGACAUGGUGAUCACCCGGCCUGACAUUGGCUUUCUCCGCACCGAUGAUGCCUUCAUCCUUCGCUUCCUUCGGGCCAGAAAGUUCCAGCACUUUGAGGCAUUUCGCUUGCUGGCUCAGUACUUUGAGUAUCGUCAGCAGAACCUGGAUAUGUUCAAGAGCUUUAAAGCCACCGACCCGGGCAUCAAGCAGGCACUCAAGGACGGCUUCCCAGGCGGACUGGCCAACCUUGAUCACUAUGGCAGGAAGAUUCUGGUCCUCUUUGCUGCCAACUGGGACCAAAGCAGGUACACACUGGUGGAUAUUUUGCGGGCCAUACUCCUUUCCUUAGAAGCCAUGAUAGAGGAUCCAGAACUUCAAGUAAAUGGAUUUGUUUUGAUUAUAGACUGGAGUAACUUCACUUUCAAACAGGCCUCUAAACUGACGCCAAGUAUGCUUCGAUUAGCCAUCGAAGGUCUUCAGGACAGUUUUCCAGCUCGGUUUGGAGGAAUUCAUUUUGUUAAUCAACCAUGGUACAUCCACGCUCUCUACACAGUUAUAAGACCCUUUUUAAAGGAAAAGACAAGGAAAAGGAUAUUUCUCCAUGGAAAUAAUCUCAACAGUCUGCACCAGCUGAUUCAUCCUGAGAUUCUGCCUUCUGAAUUUGGAGGAAUGCUGCCACCUUAUGAUAUGGGAACAUGGGCACGAACACUGCUAGAUCAUGAAUAUGAUGAUGACAGUGAGUACAAUGUGGACUCCUAUAACACUUCUGCAAAAGAAGUAGAAAAGGACCUAUCUCCCAAAUCUAUGAAGAGGUCUCAGUCAGUUGUGGACCCUGGUGUGUUAAAACGCGUGGAUAAAAAUGAAGAGGAAAACAUGCAGCCAUUGCUUUCACUUGACUAACAACGCCUGAGCAUUGAACAUGAAUUGGGGUGGAAGGUAUUGCCUUUCAGCAACAAGCAAAGCAUUGGGAGAGACUCAGUACCAGCUGGAAUCCUAUUUUCAUGUUAAUGUAGCAUAAUGUAAUGAGGCAGCAGGUUUUGCCAGUCAUCCUGGAACAUGGGUGCCCUGGGCUGGAAAACAGGGUGGAGGAAAUGAAAAGGAGCCGAUAUCAAUAAUAUAUGCUGUAAGUGCCAACCUGUUUGUAAAUAGAGUCUGUUCCUUUUCUCUGCAUUUGUAAGUAAUGGUAGGGAUGUAGUGAAGAAAAAAAAAAUAGAGUGACUAUUAAAAUAUCACAGUUGAAUGCACUGUAAAAGAACAGAUAGUACUCAGACAAAAACAAACAAGAAGAUGUAAGUAACUUUCAUCCUUUUUAUACAAAGCUAUAUGACAGUUUUCAUAUCAAUGGCUUUAUUUUCUUCCCAUGGUUUUCAUUUGAGAAGAGAAUGCAGGAUCCUGCAGACAUUGUAACUGGUGUGAUAUUUCCUGGCUCAUAAGAUGAUAUUUCUUAGACAUUGCUAUGGUUUGCAACUGAAAUUAGAAUAUGAUUUGCAUUAUAUAUAUUCUAAAAGGAAGUUUGAGUAACAGGAAGCUAAAUACCAUUUGCAGGUAUAUUGGUUUAUGAGGUGUAUCUGAUUUUUAAUAUUUUCCCACCAACUGUGGGUUUGUGUGCCGUCUGAGACCUGACUAUCAGCUGGGCUUUAAAAUAUCUGCCUCACUCUUUGUCCACAUUUCAGAAUUUCCUCCUUGUGUGGAACAUACUAAGUAAUGCUCAGCUUUCCAUUCGUAAUAUUUAGUAGCAACAGACUGAUGCAUCAUUUCUAAAACUUCUGAAAAUGAAGUCUGAAUACAUAUCUAUAUAUUUUUACCAGUCUCUAUGUAUAAAGUGUUGUUGGUAGAUAAGUAUAUUUAAUCAAGGAUUUAUAAAAACAAAAAAAAAUCAUACCUAUUUGGUGUGCCUAGAGUUUAUUAUAGAUUGUAUAUUAAGGCAAUGUCAUUGUUAAUACAUUGUAAAUGAUUUAAGUACAGCACCCUACUUCAGGCAAAACUUAAUUAUUAUAAGUACAUAGUACAAUACCAUGUUGAAGACACUUUUUGUUUUGUGGUGUAAAUGUGUAGACAAAAUAUGUGCCAUAUUAGACAUAAAAUACAUUUUACCUCAAAAGACCAAACGGUCUCCAAAGUAGACUGUUCAUGGUCAGCUGUAGUUUGGGGGAUAUGUUUUCAUCUUUGAUGUGUGCUGAUAUGCAUGUGUAUUUCUGCUAAACAUCAAGACAAGAAUGUGCCCUACAACUAUCCAGACCUCUUUCAUCAAAAUUUAACAUUCCAUUGGAACAGGAAUAACAAGUUAAAUUGUUUGUAAUAGACAAAUUUUUAUGACUGAAUUCUUAAGGACUCUGAAGAAAUAUGUCAUAAUCAGUUAGGGGAUACAUGUGAUACUUAGAAGCAGGCUUAUGCCGGGAUGGAUUGUCACCCUACUGAAAAUCUUCAGAGGCAUUCAGUUUCAAGAAAGAAGAAUGAAUUGUUUGCUUUAAUCACUUUCCUACUAUCCAUACAUUUAUGACUCUUGAAAGAGGUGAUUCCAUCGUUUCUUCACUGUCUCUGUAUAAUUCAGGUGCUCAUUCUCUCCAGGCACCAUAAGCUUGUCUUGAUCACCAUUCCACCCUGAAAAAAAAUAAUUUUGGAUACUAAGCAAAGGUGGUCCUGGAUAGCACUUGGGCAAGACAUCACCAAGGUCCUAAAUACCCUAAAGGCACCAGAUUCCAUCUGAUCCUGGAAGUUAAGCAAGGUUAUUCUUGGUUGGUACUUGGA